GGCGCAUUGUGCAACAUCGUGUUGUCUUUGUGUUGGUGUGCUCCUGUCAUCGUAUUUGGUUUGUUUAUGUUCUAUCAGUCUGUGCUCUGUUGUCUGUGCGCCAUUGCGUGCCACUGAUUUAGUCGAUUUAGUUUUAACGCAAAUUAGCUGAAUUUCUUAUAAGUAGGUAACAAACAGCUGAAUAAGUUAAUUGUUAACUGCUGUUUCGUGAAAGCAUCGCUCUCGCGUUACACAAAAUCUAUCCCUUCCGUAAACGCAUUAUGUGCGGGAAUCGAAGCAACAAUGGGCACUGAUUGCAUGCAGCCGGGCAAACGGGGCCUCACGGUGUCGGUUGUUGUUUUAGGCGGUGCCUGCUUAACGGUAAUGCUGGCCUAUUUGGCGUUCGGGGACAGCACUGAUGAAUCCGGCCUGCGUACGCUUCGUAUGGUGAGCAUCAUCUUUCGCCAUGGUGAUCGUUCGCCCACUGAAUUCUAUCCAAACGAUCCGCAUCGAAAUCAUCACUGGACUGGAGGAUUGGGUGCUCUCUCUGAGAAAGGAUCUCAGCAAAUGUAUCAACUAGGCAAACUGCUGCGCCCACGAUACUAUCGGCUGCUUCCACCGAACGGGCUGUACUCCAAGGAGCACAUGACGAUCGUCAGUAGCUACGCGGAACGAUGUAUCAUGAGCGCUCAAAGCUUUAUCGCUGGAUUUCUUCCCCCGCUGGAAAAUACUAAUCCCCUGCCCAUUCCAUGGCAACCUGCAGCUGUAAAUGUAUUGCCACGGGAUCGUGACACGAUUUUAGCUCAAAAGCAACCCUGCCCAAGGUACGAACAAUCGAAACAACGUCUUGUAGCCUAUCCUCCGAAAGAUAUAAGAGAAUUGUACGAAAAGAAUGCUGCGCUGUUUCGCACGCUAAGCCAAGGAACUGGACAAAACGUCAGUACCAUACUCGAUGUGGAGCUGCUGUACAACACAUUGGAGAUAGAGAAAUCGGCUGGGCUGGAAUUGCCGGACUGGACGGAAGGUAUUUUUCCGCAGAAGAUGCUACCCAUUGCUGAGCGCAGCUUGGCACUGAUAACCGAACUGCCGCUGAUGAAAAAAAUCAAGGGCGGUGCGAUCGUGGCCGAGUUGCUGGAUAAUGCCAUUCGCCGACGAUCGGGAAUACUGAUACCCGAGCGGAACAUUUUCAUCUAUUCGGGCCACGACGUGACGCUGGUAAACUUCAUGCGCGCCUUAAACAUCAUCGACCAGACGACGGGUAAACCAGACUUUUCGGCAGCGAUCGUAUUCGAGCUGCACCAUAGCAUUACGUUUGAUGACGAUUUUGAGGUGAAAAUCGUUUACUUCUUCAACAGUGACGAUAAGUACCCGAAGGAGAUAGAAAUACCCAACUGUGAAAGUCCUUGCUCUUUGACCAAGUUUGAACAGGUGAUGGAGACGGUGCGUCUCAGGAACUACGAUGAAACUUGUCAGCUAGUUUGAAGGCUUUGUUUGGGUGGUAUGUGCCUCCAUUUGGCACGAUAUAUUGCCACAUACCUCACUCGUUACACUUUGAUAUUUGUAAGAGUCUCGUGAAUAAUGUUAGCUUAAAAGCACACUUUGCCAAAUGCCAAAAAGACAAUCUCAUUGAAAACAAAUUCGAACAGUCUUCGUUACUUAAUUCUUUGUUAUUUGUGUACUAUCGUUAUUGAAAUACAAGUGUUACUAAAAUGUUAAA